CCAGGGCAGCCAUAAAUCAUCAAUAAUUAAAAAUAUAUAUAUAUUUUAAAAGCUAUUUAUACUAUGUAAAGGAAAAAUGAGAACGUAUAGAAAUAACCUGUCAGAGCAGGUUGGUGGAGGUUGAGUGUGGUUAACUCCACCUGACUGCAAAGCCUCUGCUCAUUCUUUCCCAGUCCUGACAUACCAUGUAUGUUGGUUUACCAGGGUAACACAUAGAAUGGACAGUGUAUAAAUAAUUAUCCAGAUAUGUAAUGUUUCUAACUUCAUGUGGUUCUAGAUACAGAAAAUAUUCAUCAUGGAAUGGGACAAUCAGACAUUCAACCCUGACUUCAUCCUGAUGGGGAUUUUUAGUUACACGCCCACUCACAUCUUUCUCUUCUCUCUGGUCCUGGGCAUCUUCACAAUGGCGCUCUUGGCAAACACUCUCAUGGUCCUCCUCAUCUACCUGGAUACGCGGCUCCACACCCCCAUGUACUUCCUCCUCAGCCAGCUCUCCCUCAUGGACCUCAUGCUCAUCUGCACCACUGUACCCAAGAUGGCCCACAGCUACCUGUCUGGCAGGAAGUCCAUUUCUGUAGCAGGAUGUGAAGCCCAGAUCUUUUUCUAUGUGUCCCUAUCUGGUGCUGAGUGCUUCUUGUUGGCUGUCAUGGCCUAUGACCGCUAUGUUGCCAUUUGCUAUCCUCUUCAGUACCCCAGUCUCAUGAACUGGAAACUCUGUGGACUCAUGGCUGCCUCUACAUGGAUUCUUGGUGCCUUUGAUGGGAUUGUUGAUGUAGCUGCUACUAUGUCUUUCUCCUAUUGUGGAUCCCGAGAAAUAGCUCAGUUCUUCUGUGAUGUCCCAGCACUCCUGCAUCUCUCAUGCAUGGAUACUUCCACAUUUGAAACACUUAUUUUCAUCUGUUGUGUAGUAAUGCUCCUCCUCCCUUUGUCACUCAUCAUCAUCUCCUACACACGUGUAAUUAUAACCGUUAUUCACAUGAGUUCUGGGGAGGGUCGGCACAAGGCUUUCACCACCUGUACUUCACAUCUUAUUGUUGUGGGGAUGUAUUAUGGAGCAGCUAUGUUCAUAUAUAUGAGACCCACUUCUAAUAGAUCCCCAACUCAGGACAAGAUGGUGUCAGCCUUCUACACCAUUCUCACUCCCACGCUGAAUCCCCUUAUAUACAGUCUCCGGAACAAAGAUGUGGCCAAAGCAUUCAGUAAGGUACUAGGGAAGAGGUAA